AUGUCCGAUCAAUCAAGACCAAUGUCGAGGUACGAGCCAGCAGUACCAGCACAACCAACUUCACGAAAGGCAGUGAAGUUUGUGACUGCAGGGGCAAUUGGUGCAGCACUGUUGGUGUUGUCCGGUUUAACUUUGACUGGGACAGUCAUAGCGGUGGUUGUGGCUACACCAAUUCUAGUGCUGUUUAGUCCAGUUUUAGUCCCAGCAGCGACAGUUGUUUUCUUGGUGACUUCUGGCUUCUUUUUCUCAGGUGGGUUUGGCUUGGCAGCUAUAAUGGUAUUGCUGUGGAUAUAUAAUUAUGUGACUGGUAAGCAUCCACCUGGUGCUGAUAAGCUUGAUUAUGCUAGAGGGAGGAUAGCUGAAACGGCUAAGGAUAUGAAGGAUAGAGCUAAAGAGUAUGGUCAGUAUGUGCAACAAAAGGCUCAGGAUGCUACUCAAACUCAGACUUCUUAA